CAUCAAACUCAAUUGCAAAAAAAAAAAAAAAAACCUUAAAUUUCAAAGGAGUGGGGUGUGGGUCAAUCUAAAAUCAUACAAUGUAGUUUCAACUUUUUAUAUUGCUUGUUGUUCUUGGAAAGCAAAAUCAAAGGAGGAAGACUCCAGAAAUAAUAAUAUCAUAUAUCCGAUUUUGAUGUACACGUGGCAGAAACCCAUUGCUCCUUCCAAAUUUCUUGGGUCAAUCUCGUGGCUAUCCUCAGUUCUAAGCUGGCUCCAGUUUAACCACUCUGAAAACACGGAGAGGAGCAGCAGCAACAAAACCAAGUAGAUAUUUCUUUCAAUGGCUGGAAUUGCUACUACUUGUUAUUAUUUGACCCUCUCUUCUACAAGCACUAGGAAAACCUGGUUGGAAUUAAAGACCAACUAUGGAAGAGCCACACCUAUCCGGAGAAGAAACUUAAGCAUUAGAGCUGAAGUCAAUUUUGUAAAUGCUGAAGAAGCCAAAAAACUUAUAGCUGUUGAGGGUUAUGCCGUUCUCGACGUCCGCGAUAAAUCUCAGUUCGAUCGAGCUCAUAUCAAAUCAUGUUAUCAUGUUCCCCUUUUCAUUGAAAACACAGACAAUGAUCCUGGCACAAUUGUUAAGAGGACUUUGCACAAUAACUUUUCAGGCUUAUUCUUUGGGUUGCCAUUUACAAAACUCAAUCCUGAAUUUGUACAGUCCGUGAAAAGUCAGUUUUCUCCCGAAUCUAAAUUGUUACUUGUAUGUCAAGAGGGGCUGAGGUCUACUGCUGCUGCCAAUAAAUUGGAGCAAGCUGGUUUCCAGAAUAUAGCAUGUAUAACAUCAGGGCUUCAAACUGUAAAACCAGGUACAUUUGAUUCCGUAGGUAAAACUGAGUUGCAAGAUGCUGGCAAAGCUGGUUUGGUGACAAUUCAAGGCAAGAUUUCGGCUGUGCUCGGAACUGUACUCAUCUGUGCAUAUCUGUUUAUAACUUUGUUCCCGGAUCAAGCGGAGAAGCUGCUUCAGAUGAGUCCUGUAAGGUAGCCCUUUGCAAGGAGCCUAAAAGUUUUGUAGUUUUCACAGUGCCAAUGCCAACAAAGGAAUUCUAAACAUGGAGUUUCGUCAUUCACACUGUAUAUUUUAUUUUGUUAAAUCAUUUUCUUUUAAAGAUGAUUGCUCAAAAAAUAUUCUGAAAAUUCAAGGUUGAGUAUGAAAGAAAUGAUGGUGGUGAGAUUUGUCAAAAA